UGUUUUGCAUUCUCAUACAUCGCAGUCAGUUGACGAGAAACAUGGCGGCGUUCUCGCGCAGUGUGUGUACGCGACAUUUUCGCACAGUUUUCACGUUUUGCAAGAAUGAACAGCCCAACUCGUUGAUUCGGUCUCUGAAUUGGGGUCCUCGACGACAGUUUUCUGGGAAUGGCACGUCUCGCAGACCCGCCGUCGCCCAGGCAAACGUCCUGUACUUCGCCCUGGGAGGGAUGGCCGCCGGUGUUGCGUACACCUUUUGGGACUACAGUCGCAAAUCAAUAGAUUACUCGGCCGUUGUCAAUGACACCGAAUUCAAGCCGACAAUCCUCACUGCUCUGCCUCCACACACCCCUUCUCGCCAAAUUUCGUUCCCAUCGGACAACAGCGGCUUGAAACUGGUGCUUUAUCAAUAUCCAACUUGUCCAUUCUGCUGCAAGGUUCGAGCCUUCCUGGACUAUUAUGGUUUAUCCUAUGAUGUUGUGGAGGUAGAUCCUGUUCUUCGUACUGAAAUGAAGUGGUCUGAGUACAAGAAAGUACCCAUUUUACUAGCUGGAGUUGGAGAUGGAAAAUACUUGCAAUUGAAUGACAGCACCCUCAUUAUCUCUGUUCUCAAAUCCUUCUUAGCCGAUCCAAAGAAGGAUUUACUUAGUUUAAUGAGUUCCUAUCCUCCCAUGUCGUACAGAGAUGAAGAUGGCUCUAUUAAGACAGAGAUUCAAAACCGUUACUACCUGAUGACUGGUGAAGAUGUCCAAAAAGAUAAGAAAGAGAAAAUCAUGGAAGAAGUGAAAUGGAGAGAGUGGGCAGACAAAAAACUGGUGCAUGUAUUGUCUCCAAACGUUUAUAGAACAGUAGAUGAAUCACUGCAAUCGUUUGAAUGGUUUUCAGAGGUUGGUGAAUGGGACCGAUUGUUCCCUUCUUGGGAACGUAAUCUAAUUGUAUAUGCUGGUGCUUACGCCAUGUGGUUGAUUGGCAAGAGACUGAAGAAACGGCAUUUGCUUAAAGAUGAUGUGAGAAUUUCAUUGUAUGACGAACUUAACUUCUGGCUGAGAAAUCUAAAGAAGAAGGGGACAUCGUUCAAUGGAGGAAAGAAACCUGACCUUGCUGAUCUAGCUGUGUAUGGAGUGUUGAGUAGUAUUGAGGGAUGUCAGGCUUUUAAGGAUGCUGUUGAGAAUACAAAGAUUGAGGGAUGGUAUAUGGCAAUGAAAGAGUUUGCAUCAACACAAGCAGGAAGUAGGCUCUGAUUGGAAUCUGAAAUGUCCUUAAAUAAAUUAAAUAUUGGCAACUAAGAAUGUCUAGCUUAUAGAUGAAGUUUCUAUUUUGGUUUUAGUAUUGAAGUCUAUUCAAAAGUUAAUUUUAUUGAAUACUAGCCUCAUGUUGUUAAUAAAGUGAAGUUUCUUAAAUUAAAUACCUAUGUGAAAGUUAGGCAAUUAUUCUAUCUUUAUAAUAGUUAGGUGGCACAUUCUUCGCGUUUACUCUAGCCCACUCACUGUGUUUCAACCAAGAUCAAAUUUCUCCUCCUAGAUAGAGACUUGUCUCAUGUCCUAGACCUGUCAGUAUUUCUAGUCUCUUCAGGAAAUGUAAUAUUUUCUUUGUAAAUAUAAAUGACGCUGCAAGAUUGAUAUUUUUCUGCAUUGAUUUGUGUAAGGAGGUAAAUAAACAAAAUACUUUUGAAAAU